CCUCUGGCGACCGGCUGCCGGCUCCCCUGGGGAUCCUAAUUGCUGGAAGCUGCAGCUCCGGCGCAGCUGAUCCGGAGCAGUUGAAGAGGUCGGAACUGCCGCCCGCCUCGCCAUGGUGGACAGCAUCUAUCGGACUCGCUCGCUGGGCGUGGCAGCCGAAGGGCUCCCGGACCAGUAUGCAGACGGCCGGGCGGCGCGCGUCUGGCAGCUCUACAUUGGCGAUACGCGGAGCCGCACGGCCGAAUAUAAGAACUGGCUGGUGUCGUUGCUGCGCGGUCAGUGCUGCAAGACGGUGCUGGACGUGGCCUGCGGCACCGGUGUGGAUUCCAUUAUGUUGGUUGAAGAAGGAUUUAGUGUCACCAGUGUAGAUGCCAGUGACAAAAUGCUCAAAUACGCCUUGAAGGAGCGAUGGAACCGUCGAAAAGAAGAUCCAUUUGAUCAUUGGGUAAUUGAAGAGGCUAAUUGGCUCACCUUGCCACAGGAUCUACAGAAACCUGGUGAAGGCUUUGAUGCUGUCAUCUGCUUAGGGAAUUCUUUUGCCCAUCUUCCAGAUUUUAAAGGUGACCAGAAUGUUCACAAACAGGCUCUUAGGAAUAUUGCCAGCAUGGUUCGUCCAGGUGGCAUUCUUGUCAUUGACCACCGUAAUUAUGACUACAUCUUGGAAACAGGUUGCGCCCCUCCUGGGAAAAAUAUCUACUACAAGAGUGAUUUAACCAAGGACAUUACUACCUCGGUUCUCCUUGUGAACAACAAACCAAACAUGGUGACAUUGGACUACACUGUGCAGGUCCCACAUGAAGGCAAUGAUGGGGAUUCAGAUUUAAGUCAGUUCCGUCUUUCUUAUUAUCCUCAUCGUCUGGAGUCUUUCACGGAACUAUUGAAAAAUGCAUUUCAAGGCCAAUGUGAACACACAGUCCUGGGGGACUUCCAGCCUUACACACUAGGUCAGAAGCCUGGCCCAUGCUAUUUCAUCCAUGUAGUGAAGAGAACUGGCUGAGACCUAGUCAACAGACUACUUUAGCAGUCAUACAGACAGGGUCUUUCUCAGUGGGGGGCAAGAAUUUGUUCAAGCAGGAAUAUAUAUGCAGAGGUACUACAUGAACCAGAGAAGAAUUUUUCCAGAGUCCAGUCUAAUUAAUCCACUUUGAGGAUUGAAAUGCUCAAUGGCAUUGGAGGGAAGGAGGUGGGAUAAGAUUGCUUUGCAUCUCAAGUCUCAGUUGCACAGUUGGCUAAAAUGUUCAUUGUUCUCUCUUGAUAUUUUCUUCCUCUUUUUGCUGGAAAUACCUUGCUAAUUUACACCUAUGUAAAUUACGUUGACUAACGUUUACACCUAUGUAAAUUAUGUUAAACUAAUGAUUACAAUGAUGCAGGGUUUCUUCAAGGGCUGGGAAGAAAGGAAUGACGGGAACAAAAAACCUUAUUUCAUUCUUUAUUGUGCCUGGGGAAUCAGUGCCCCUUCAGUUUAAGUUGGAUUAUACUCUUCACUACUGCCUAUUGCCUACACUAGCUGGAGCUGAUCAGGACUGAUGACUGGUGUGUGUUUCCAAAACCUUGUGAGAUAACUUCAAAAUAAAUCUACUUCCUGCCUUCACACUA